AUGAUCGAAUCAGAGCUGGUUGCAUCGGGAUCUGUGAAUGGCGUGCUGUUUGGAAAACAUUACAACCGUUCUAUAAGGGCUCAUAAAAUCAUCUAUGAAGCGAUGGAAAGGUUACGUUUUCAAGCCUUUGAGAAAUCUUUACCAACUACAGAAAAUAGUCCACUCCACGCGAUUGGUAUUAGUGUACAAGAAGAUUCGGAAAGGGAGAUGUUUGUGGAUAUCUGCACCAGCAAUAUUGUCACCGAUGCAAAAACGAAGUACGAGCUGUUCAUUAAGAAGCGAAGCAAAGAAAACCCGCUGUUUGCAUUCUGGUCUAAAUAUAUCGACAUGGUACAGCUGCUUUUACUUUACAUCCGAACGACUAGAACAUCAGACUGGACACUCCAUCUCAGUUCCUUAAGAUCUAUGAUCCCCUGGUUUUUCGCCACAGAUCGAGUGAAUUAUUCCCGGUAUGCACCAUGCUAUUGGCUAGAAAUGAUGUGCCUCGAGGAAACUCAUCCAUGUAAGUGUAUCGAUUGACGGUGAAAACAAUCAAUUUCUAGAGAAAUGAAUAAUGAUUUGAAAUUUGCAUAGCGGGACCAAAUCGGCGGGCUGUCUACGCCACGGACCCAUAUAGUGUAGUGAGUAAGUGAACUGCAAAUUGCAAAGGUCAAUGUGUCUUUACGACGGAUGUUAAUACGUUUUGUCUUUCAAUCUUUGUUUUGUAUUACCUCUUUGGUAGAUGUGGCCGCAAACAUUGAAGAUAACUGGACUGUUCAAAGACAAGAGGGAUAUGCGUUCUCAGGCGUGGCAUGUGAUCAAACGAUUGAACAAACCCUGAACAGGUUAGAAUUCCCUCACAUAUAA